AGGCCGGGCCCGCUAGCCGCCAGCCAUGUCCCGAGAGACAGGCUCCUGCCGCCUGGGCCCCGGGGCGCGGGCGCGGGCGCGGAAGCCCAAGAAGCCGCACUACAUCCCGCGGCCGUGGGGCAAGCCCUACAACUACAAGUGCUUCCAGUGCCCGUUCACCUGCCUGGAGAAGUCGCACCUGUACAACCACAUGAAGUACAGCCUCUGCAAGGACUCCCUGUCGCUGCUGCUCGACUCCCCUGACUGGGCCUGCCGCCGCGCCCCCCCCACACCCCGGGUCCGCGCGUCCUCCCCCGACCAGCCCCCUGGCCCUUCCGACGCCACAGGCAGCCAGCCUCGGGCCCCCACGGCUGACCCGGCCUCCGCCGUCCUGGCCCCGCGCCGCCUCGCCAGGGGCCCCAAGCUGGGGGCUGAGGGGUCCCUGGGGGCGCACUCCCCUGUGGCCCAGGAGGCCCAGAAGGAUGGGGGCCCUGGGGGGCUGUGGGCCGAGCCCUGGAAGCCGGGCCCCCCAGACAGCGGCGUCCCCUGCUACCCGCCGCCCGCCCCCGCGGAGCUGCCCGAGGCCCAGGGCCUCCACCUGUCCCUGCUGGGUGUCAACUGCCCGCUGGGGCCCGGCCUCUUCUCCUACCUGGGGCCCUCCCUGGCCGCCACGGCCCACGUGCCCCUCCUGGCCUCGGCCGGCCCUCUGCUGCCCCCCACUUCUGCCUUCCCAUCCCCGCAGAGCCCCGACCGCCCGGCCCUGCUGCCCCGCCUCUACUACCCCCUGCUCCUAGAGCACACCCUGGGGCUCCCCGCGGGCAAGGCCACCCCGGCCAAGCCCCUGGCCCCCCCGAAGGCGCCCCCCGGGACGCUGGCCCCCGGGCUCCUGAAGGCGCCUGUUCCUGGGCUGGGCAGGCCCUGGCCCCGCGGCGCCCCCAGAGCCCCAGGGCAGGAGGGGGAGCUGGACAGGAAGCUGCCCCCCAGCAGCUGGUUGGAGCCCCUGAAGGCCCCCUGCGGCACGCUGAAGCUCAGCUCCCAGAGCAGCCUGCAGCCUGGCCCGUCCGUGAUGCUGUGGCCCGAGGACAAGGAGCCAGGCCACCCUGAGACCCCGGGGCCCGCAGCCCCCCUGCCCCAGCAGCCCCUGGGCCUGAUGCUGGGCGGCCCCGGGCACGUGGGUGAGGACCUGACCCGGGCCCUGGGCGACUACGCCAGGGUGGAGCAGCGCCUGGGGCAGCUGACGCCCGUCGGGGGCCUGGCCCCUCGGCCUCUGCGGGAGCAGCUGGGCAAGAUCCGCCAGGAGCUGCUCACCAUACACCAGGCACUGGAGCAGGCUGUGCGGCCCCCGGAUGCACCCCUCGACCUCUCUGUGAAGCGAGCGCCCACUAAGGGGCCUGGGGGGCGCUGGGGGCCACUGGAGCUGGGCCCCACGGGGGCCCCAGGGUCCCCCGAGCCCCCCAGCUUGCUGGGUCCCGCAGCCACUGAGCCUUUCCCUGGCCACACCACGAAGUGCGAGGCUGACUCCAGCGUCCCGCCCCCGGGGCUGUCCCUUCAGGCCCCCGAGGACCCUAUCAUUCCUGGCAGCAGCUGGGGUGCCCGUGGCUCCUGGCCCCCCGAUGCGCUCCCUGGCCUCCCGAGCCCCCCUGGCGCCGAGGUCUGAGCUCACACAGCUUUGCUGGCUCCUCCGCCCUCACACGGCGGGGGGGGGGGGGGGGGUUUGUCCUCCAAGCCCGUGUCCGCUGCCUGGCCCCCACCUGCCCCGGCCCCGGGGGCGCAGCCCAGAGCCUGUCCAGCAUGCCCAUGGACGGACCUCCGCGCCGCGGUGUGGCCUCUCUCUGGGCCACAAGGGACACAGAGGAUCCCAGCUACUUAUUGAUCACAGUUGUGGAUGUUAAAAUAGAAACCGUGUUCACACACCC